AUGACAUCAGUGAAUGUGGCGAAGCUUUUAGCUGUUUGCGUCCGGGCAUCACUGGCGGCGCAGCGCUAUGUUAUGCUGAGCCUUAUAAAACUGCCAAAUGCGGAGGCAAAUAUGACCCACGUGCACAGCGUAUCACCAGCGACCUCUGCGGCGCAUCCGUGCACUGUGCUUGACCUUUCCGAGGCUGGCAAGGCGAUUCUGAUGGACUCCCUGCACCACGCCGUGAGUGUCGACGUCAAGUCGCACCUCGACCACAAAGAGGGCGACGCCGCCGAUGAUUUUGUUACCACGGCGGAUAUCCUCAUUCAGGCUGUGGUGUUGCGUGCGCUGAGCGAGUCCUUCCCUGCAUUCCCGUUCACUGUGGUUGGUGAAGAAGAUCAGCCCAGCAGCGCUGUCGCCAAAGAGGUGGAGGCGUGCAUGGCUACGCACUACAGGAUCCUCGCAAUGCCGUAUGAGGCUGAGCUGUACGCAAGCAUUCAUGCGGGCGACGCAUGCAACGUGGACGCUGAAGCUGCGGUUGUCCUGCACGCGGACUCCGACGAGGCAAUGCGGCGUCGCCUCGGCAUCUUCAUUGACCCCAUCGACGCCACGAACUGCUUUGUGACCGGGGCCUGGCAAGCCCCGAUGACGCUCGUGGGAAUCACGCUGGACGGCGUUCCCAUCGCUGGCGUCAUGAACCGCAUUUUCCACUACCCACUGAGGUGCACCGACGACCCAGCCGUGACAGAGACGCCGGUAAAGUCGUGUGUGCCCGGUCUAUCGGUCGUGCUGAACACACCGGCACUUGCGUCGCCGUUUGUGGUGUUUGACGGAGAGCUACUGCCGGGACCAAUCCAGAUCGAGCCGCAGCCGGAGUGCACUCGCAAGACAACGCUAGCCGUGUGUUGCUCGAGCACCACGAAGGAGUUAUUUCUCCAGCGGCUGCUGACACAGCUAGAGCCCUGCAGCCCGGUGCAUGUCCGUGGUGCGGGCUACAAGCAGUACCAUCUGCUCAAGAAAAUGCUGAAGGGACGCCAUGUGCCGCACGAGGUCAUCACCCCAGCCGACGUAUUUGUGUGCCCACCAGCCGCCAUAAAGAAGUGGGACUGCUGUGCCCCGCACGCCUUCCUCUACACGUUCGGCGGCGACAUUUUCGACCGGGAUGGUGCGCCGCUUCGCUAUCCGCUCAUUGACGCCUGCGGUGCGGCAGUCUCCUCCUCGUCUGAGAGUUCUGUGCUGACGAACGGGCUUGUAGCGGUGACCCCGUACGCGAAGACUGAGGUGGCUCGACGUCUGGGAUGGACGCCGACGCUCGUACAGUGA